AUGAACGACCCGGACGGCAGCAUGGACCACUCCAUGCAGGAAAAUAUUGAACGACCAGCGAAGAGACCUUGUCUAUCAUAUACCCCCGACGACGAAGAGGUUCCUGAAGAAUUUGAUCUUCCCGCCGCACGCGCAAAGAAUGACUCCCGACUGAAGUCUCUCUUCGAAGGAAUUUUCGCGAAAUAUAGCCAGGAUUUCACGGGCGUUGGUGAUGAGAUUGACCUGCAGACCGGGGACAUAGUGGUAGACAAUGGACAUCUCCUGGGAAUGCGGGGUGAGCACGAUGGUGGUGAGCCGCGAUCAUGGCUCUCCCAAGCUGAGAUGGAGAGGCAGGACGAUGCAGACGAUGACAACACGAAGGGAGAUGAAGAUGAGUUCUUUUCUAUGGCGUCCUCUCCUAGUGGUCGUUCUCCAGAUCCUCCACGCGAAGAGUCCCCAUCGAAACAGCUACAGACAGACAUGGAUACAUCUUUGGAUUUCGUGUUUACUUUUAAAGCAUCUGGAACUACAGGACUCAGUCCUACGACAAAGGAGGAGCAUGUCUCUCUUCCAACCAACCCUAUCCCAGCUUCCAAACCACAAGAUCCACUCUGGGCAAUCCCGGACUUGCCACCAUCCUUUUCAACACCAAAAACUGAGACCAGAAAGUCAAAUGUGAGCUUCACUCCACCGGUCAGGUCUUCGUCCCCGCCAGGGAGCGGCUCCGUCUGGGCGCUGCGUAGACCGCGAAAACCACGCUCUGAAACAAAACCUAAGGCUACGCCGAGUAAGCGUCGCCCAGCUGCGAAACGCAAAUGCCAUUCCAGCCCUGUGACGCGUGACUGGUCUUUUGCCGCAGUUCCAGAUGGAAAUGAGUCGGAUGACCCCUUGCAGGACUAUGACCCAUCGCCGUCACCGUCGAAAAUUAAAAUUAUCCGCGGGAAGCGACGCAUUCCGACGAAGGAGAAUGAUGGACCAUCUACCCCUUCGAAGCGGCCAUCUGCUUUCAUCGGACUUGGGGGUAUAGCUGAUGAUUCAGCUAAUGAUCCAGUCGACGAAACAGUCGACGACCAAGACUAUAACCAAGAAGUGGUGUGUGAAACGGAAGAUCAACCCGAUGAAAUACCUGAUGCACAACUUGAAGAAGGGGGUCAUGAUUCAACCAAUCAGAUAGACGAAGUGCCUGAAGUAUACCCCGAAGAGAGAAGCUACGAACCGAGCCACCAAGACGAUAGAGUGCCCGAAGAACAAAAACAACCACAAGAAACCCACGGGCCAAGUGAGCAAGAAAAUGAAGCAGCUGGGUCAGAACACAAAACCGAAGAGCCAUUUGAUCAUAUGGUACAAGCCAAUUUCACCCCCAAGCCCACGGCCAUCACCCAGGCCCUGUCAUCGCCCAUGGAAAACACCCCAAGCAAAAGAAGGCCCGUAACACCCGAUGAAGCAAAGUUGAUCGUCUGCAUGAUGCACAAGCAAGAAAAGAAGGCUAGUGAUGUGAUGCACAUGUUGCCAGGUCGCGAGUACCAGACAGUUUGGCAUUGGUUCUACAACCACUGGACCCGCCGACUAGCAAAUCCGCCCCCACUUUCCGCCGCUUGGACGCAGCCGGAACUGGUAGAUCUGUCCCGACUGAGCACCCAAUCAGAUCUUACCUGGGGUCAGAUACAAGGUCGGUUCAAGGGCCGAUCGAGACAUGAGGUUGAGUUUGAGCUGCUGCGGGCUUUUGUUGGUGAGGGAUUUACAUCUGCAACGAUCGGGAGCAUUGAGGAAGAGGCAGGUCCGGAAGAGGAGUCGGAAACUGAGAGUGAUAGUACGGUGGACACGGAGAUCAAGGAUGAACCAGACUCUGACGCAGAUUUGGAGGAUACAAAAGACGAGGGAGAUAGCAAUCCUGCGUCCGAAGACGCUCAGAAAGAAGCCGAGCAGUUCGGCAUCCAAGAAGCUACCAAGACAACCGACAGUAAGGUGUCUACUCCCAACGGUUUCUUAGGCAUUUUUAUAAACUCAUAA